UAGCGUGUAGCGGUGUCACGUGAUCCCACAAAGUUACUUUACGGAAGUGAAUUGCGUGCUGGAGCGGUGUGUACAUGUAACCUAUUAACUAUUUUCAAGCUUUUACUUUGAUUUGGGUUUUUGGACUCGCUUUAAAUCUGUCUUUGUCUCAGCGGAGGAAUUAUGUGGAGUGUCGGCUUCUCUGAUAGACAGUAGGCAUGAAGUGCCUUCUGGUUGCCACAGAAAGUGCUGAGGUCCUUUUCUACUGGACUGACCAAGAGUUUGAGCAGAACAUUAAGAAGCAGUAUGGGAUGUCGCAAGAGGAGAGCGGAAGACCGCCAGCCUUUGCGGAUAGUAUCAACACAUUGUUUGCCCCAAUCAUCAUCUCGUGUAGCACUAUGAUCGACCGACUUGGGGACGGCUACACGUCUUUCAGUAUGGAAAAUGGUCACAUUUAUGCACUACAUCAGUUUGAAGAAUGUCUAUAUAUUGCUGUGAAUGGGGACGGUGAGGAGACUUAUGAGGAUCUAAAGAGGAAGAUCUUUGUCAUGAAGAAGUUCACAGAGAUCCUUUUUGGCAUGGUUACACUCAGCAGCUCCCUCUUAAAGAAAGAAUUGCGCCCUCCAGACACAGAGCAGAGAAUCCGUAUAUGGAAGAAGCUGCAGAGACUCCUUGAAACAUACAGCCGCUUACGAGAGCAGGACCAAAGUUUUCUAGUCGAGGCAGUUGAGAGGCUGAUCCACCCCACGCUGUGUGAGCAGUGCAUUGAGUUUUUGGAGCGGAGACUGGUGCAGCAAAUGAACAGCAGUGGCGAGAGAGCAGGAGAAGAGGUGCUGCAUGCCUUCAUCCUGGUGCACACCAAAUUAUUAGCUUUCUACUCAAGUCGUAAUGCCAGCACUCUUAGCUCUUCUGACCUGCUGACACUGAUCAUUAUUGUACAGGAUCUUUAUCCCAGCAACCUUGAGCUUGAUGAAACUCCUUCUGAGGAGGUGGACAGUAUUUCAGCUCCUGACAUCUUCUAUACUCCAGAGCCUUCUCCUAUCGAGCGAGACUCAGGUCAGCUGAGUAGUGACAGUCCUCCUGUCUUCCAGUUUGUGGAUCCUGAUGUUCAGAUGGCUGAAGACAGUCUACAGACUCUUCAGCUACCAGUCUCUGACCCCAUGACUCCAACCAGAGUAUUCCUGGAAGCAACAUUUAAGGAGGGCUUCUUUCCCAUGAUGCCCCACUCCAUGUACUGUUUACCUCUGUGGCCUGGCAUUACUCUAGUGCUACUGACCAAGAUUCCUAACAGCCAGGUGGCCAUGUCAGUCUAUCAGUUACUGGAGGCCUUUACUAAGCUGGAAAAGAGGCUGAGUGAAGGGUUAGAGGGAACAGCGGCUUUGCGCAGUCAAUCCCCAAUCCAGGAACUCCGUAUCAGAGUGGACAGGUUCAUCAGAAUGCUGGCCAGCAUGGACAUCCUGACCUCACAACUUCAAAACACCUGGUCAGAGUUCAAGAACAAGGCUUUCACCCGGUCAGGACCUGGCAUCACAAAAGCGUUGGUGCCUUCAUGUCGUAGCAUUAAGACUCAGCUGUGCGGUGUGUACCAGCAGUGUUUUGCAGCUGCGUGUAUGGGGACUAAUCAGUGUCUCUCCACUACGCUUCAAGAACGGGCGCUGAACAUGGUGCAAGAAAAGCUUAUAGACUGGAAGGACUUUCUGUUGGUGAAGAGCAAGAGAAAUAUAACCAUGGUGUCAUACCUGGAGGAAUUCCCUGGUCUUGUUCAUUUCAUUUAUGUGGAUCGUACUGCAGGACAAAUGAUUGCGCCAUCUCUCAGUGUGACCGAGGGCUCUGCUUCAGAGCUGGGAAAAGGCCCCAUAGCACACUUUAUUAAAAACAAGCUGUGGAGUCUUGUAGCAAAAACAAGGCAAUAUUUGCAGAAAGGCUAUACUACUGUGACUCUACGAGAUGGAGACUUCUACUUCUGCUACUUCUUAUGGUUUGAGAAUGAAACGGGUUACAAGCUAGAGGUGGUAGAUAUUCCUAAUCUUCCUGAUGACUCAGCUCCUAUAGGAAUGCUUGCCUGGGAUUAUUACAGGAAGCUGCUGCGCUACUACAGUAAAAGUCACCAGAAUGAGCUGGUAAAGUGCUAUGAGCUGCUGACCGUGCACCUCGGCGUUGUCCCCACUGAGUACAUCCUGCAGCAUUGCAGCCAGCUGGCCCGCAAGCUGUGGGAGCCAUCACGCAUUCCGCUCUUAUGAACACCUCUGAGUGCUUCCUGUGUGCAUGCAAGAGCUUAUUGAGGCCAUCUUUAUUCCACAGCUGCUGGAAUGCUCUGCCCUGAGCCACUGAGCAUUCUUCCGUGCAAUAAUCUCUCUCUGCUGUGUCCAUUCCCGAAAAAGGAUUCUUGUUCCUGCACUGCUUUGAGACAAUAAGGAUUAGGUUGUUUGGAAAAAUGUGUCUUGAUGUUGAUUGGUCAAGAUCAAGCCUCUUUCCAGAUUAUUGCACUGAAGCUUUCUAAACAGGAAAUGUAGUAUGAUGUUGUUACUUUGUUAGUGUUGGAACAAUACUUAACCCAUUGCGUCCCUUUUUUACCAUUUGUCAUUUAGGAUAAUAUUGUGCGAGUAAGCACUCAAAAAUGUUGUGACGGUUUAUUGAAAAACCAUCUCAUAAUAACAUCUGCUAUCAUACUGUAGCCUUUGUGUAGCUUCUAAUAAUAUGUGUAUAUUGCUUUAAAUAACGAUCUGUUCAUAUCUGGUUACUGGUUAAAACUUUUGACCUCAUAUAUAAAGUCCAGGAUUUUCACAUUCUUUUCAGAAACAUGAUGUAUUUUGUUUUGAAAAUGAAGAAAUGACUAUACUGCUUUGAGUACUUAAUUAUAUCAUGCUAUAUAAAUAUGUUCACCUUUUCCAAAAUGUGUGAUUCAUAAUAUUGUUUUUGAAAUUCCUAUUAGAAAGCAGUGCUAUUGUAACAGUGUGGGGUAUAUUUAUUGCAUAUUGGAUGGUUAACAGAAUCAGUGUUUGUUUAAUUAAACUGAUUUACGUAAUGUGUACGUGUGUAUUAUACACGAGACCUUUGCCGUUUGUUUGAAGAGUGAAUCUGGAAAAUAUUGCUUUAAACAGAUACACACCAUCAAAACUGAUGUACUUAGCCCAAUGAGAAUCCAGUACAGCUGUGAUUCUCAUACUGUGCCCAGAGAGCAGCCUAAAAAUAUUUUCUAUUUAAUUUUGAAUAUUGUCAAAAUAUAAACAAUGGUACAAGUUUAUAAAUUGUAGAUGUCAUUAAAAAUGUUUAAAAUAUGUGCCAACCAAUCACAAUUCACAGCCAUCCUGUCUCAGCUGUGUGGGUUAGCUGUAAUAUCACCAGAACAAUUCUACAUGUAAGAGAUACCUGUUGGGGUUAGUGUUAGUGAAACUGCAAUACAGGAUACUCAUAACCUGUCUUGUUAAUUUUUUUACUUUUGAUUUUUUUUGGAUAUUAUACCUGGAGUGUUUAAGUUUGCACAUUUGUUCACUUUGUUUUACACCUUUUCAAUGAAAUCUAAUCUCUCACAUGUUCUAAGAAUAGCCUCAGACUGGAAGUAAUGAUAUUCAGUACAGGCCAGAUUUAAUGUACAAACAUUGAUCCUCAUUUAAUAUCGUUUUUAAUAAAGUUGUGUGUAAGUGGUUUUGUAGACCAAACCAAAGUAAAAAAUCAAAUAAAUGAAUCUUGCCAGAAGUGUUGAUAACUCAGAUUUUCUUCAUCUUCACAGGCGGAUGGUGAUAAAAUGCCAAACACCCGUAAAGUACCAAAUGCGUUCAUGACACAGCUGGAUUACCUUUAGUAACACCCACAGUAGAAAGGCUAAAAGCUCACAGAGCUGAAAACACCAAAAUGACAACAAAAUUAUGAAAAUAAAUCAUCUAUGUGCAGUGUCUGCAAAAUCGUCCAAUAACGCAGUUCAGCCAUUGUAGUGUGUCGGCUACCACAUGCACAGUCUUUUUAACUCAUUUUAUAGGCCGUCAUUUCUUUUGUCCUCUUGGAUCACUUUCUUUCAAGUCAUUAAUAUGAAAGAGCCAAGUCACAAAAUAUUCAUUAAAUUCAUGUGUGCAAGUGAAAUAAAAACGCCAUUUAAGCUUGAAAACGUAAUCCAUAUAUAAAUGUGCAGUAACUCAUUGCCAAUUACAUGUUCUGAAGCUGAAUAAUUGAGGUUUACAUUAGUGUCUCCUUAUACACAAACUCGGGAACUCUCAUAGGAUGCAAACAUUUUAACACACAGGAUUUUUAUGAAUACACAAUUUCUUGUGCAAACAUUCUUGCGAACCUUUUAUUAAUAAAAUAAUUGAUAUCCCGUUUGAUAAAUGAGG